UGGCUUUGCCGGCUCUGCAUGGCCGGGGCUGGGGAGGGGAUCGUAGCCUUGGGCUUUGCCCCUGGAAUGCUUUUAGGCCCAUGCUUCUCCGGUAGCACCGGGAUGCCACUGGCCGCGGCUUCCCAAUGUCCCCAGAACGGCAAGAAUGAUUUUCCAUCUAAAGAAACAUCUCCACUAAGAGUAUAUGUAUAACCACAAGUCAUCCUUAAAGUUGAUUUGCUCACACAAUCAGGACAGUCAAAAAAGUCUCAAGCUGGGCUGGAGGAGUGGCUUAAGUGGUAGAGCACCUGCCUAAGAAGCAUGAGGCCCUGAGUUCAGACUCCAGUACAACCGAGGAAAAAAGUCUCAAGGUAAAAAUGUAAAGUCAUGUCAAGGUUUUGGUUCCUUCCAGAUGACUGGCAGAAGAAAAGCAGAUUAUCUUUGAAGGACUCAGAGACAGUUUCAACAGACAUAAGGUCUUAAUUUUAAAAAUUGCAACACAGCUAGGUGCAGUGGGCCAUGCCUGUCACCCCAGCAGUUUGAAGCCAGCUCAGGGAAAAAUCUCUGGAGACCCAACCUCAAUCAGUAAGCCCGGAGUGAUGGUGUGUGUCUGUGAUCCCAGUGACAUGGGAGGCACAGGUAGGAAGAUACCAAGGCAAAAGUUCAAGAUGCUACCUGAAAAAUAACAAGAGAAAAAGGCUGGGGGCAUGGCUCAAGUGGUAGAGCACUGGGGUAGCAAGUUCAAGGCCCUGAGUUCUAACUGCAGUACCGCCAAAAAGUUAGCCAAAACUCUCAGCACAUAAAAUAGACUGAAACCUGCAGAAACAAUGGAUAGAAAAAUGCAUAGCUACAAAGACAAGAUAAAAUCCAAGCAAUAUAAGGUGGCAGUUUAUGUAAAUGAAGCACUGGAACUUGUGACCACACCCUUCAAGAAUGAAAAAAGUAAAAAAUGGAACAACCAUGUUUGUUAUGUGAGGAAGAACAAAAUCCAGAACCAGAGAAGAGAUUAAAAGAAACCAAAGAAAUAGAUGAUGAAGAUGCUGAACUGAUUUUUGUUGGGGUGGAACGUGUAAAUGAAGAUGCUGAGCUGAUCUUUGUCGGGGUAACUUCAAAUUCAAAACCAGUGGUUUCAAACAUUUUGAACAGAGUCACCCCAGGUUCAUGUUCAAGGAGAAAAAAGUAUGGCCGCCUUAGGAAAAAAAAUGCUCACAGAGUGCAGCCUACAAGUCCUAUGGCCUCCACAUCAGAAACAGUGAUUGUCUUGCCAGCAUCUCCAUCUGAAUCAAGAUCAACAGAUAGUCCUAUUAUUAUUGAGCCUUUGUCUAUACCUGAUUAUAAAGAUAAUUCACCACAAGUCGUGCCUGCUAGAUCUUCAGAGUUAUGUUCUCCUGUGGUUACAUUCACAAGUUCAUUGCAUCAUCCAGUAAGUGCAGGACUUUCAGUAGGAGACGUGAAUGAAAGUCCUUGUACAGCAAAGCGACGUUCCACUUCUGAAGUAAAUAGCAUAAAUCCCCAAAGACCUAAACUCAGUGAUGGAAUCAUAGAGGGAUGUUCUUCAACUUUGUCCCCUUUGGGCAUUUUUCAUACAGUGAGUCCUCAGCAAAGUACACCCUCCAGUGAUGUUCCUGCCUCAUUGAGCCAUGUUCAGAAUGAAGUACUUUCUCCAACAGCUUUUCCAAAGGACAGUGCCCAUCUCAAGCCCACAGAUUUAAAUCCUGAUAGGGAAAAUGGAUUGACAAAAAUAGACUUUUCAAGUCCAGCAAGUCCGAACAAGAAUGCUGAUCCCAAAAAAGAAAAUCUAAUUAUGUUAUUGAGUGACUUUUACUAUGGACAUUAUAAAGGAGAUGGGCAUCCAAAACAAAAGACUUAUGCAACCUUUAAAUGCCUGUGCUGCUUGAAAUUUCUAAAAAAUGUUAAGUUUAUGAAUCACGUAAAGCGUUACUUGGAACUCGAGAAGCAGAGGAGUGACAGCUGGGAAAACCCCACCACUUGCCAGCACUGCCACCGCCAGUUUCCCACUCCCUUCCAGCUAGAACUUCAUGUUGACAGUGUGCACACUACCCAGGAGCCCUCUUCUAUCUGUAAAAUCUGUGAGUUGUCAUUUGAAACAGAUCAGGUUCUCUUACAACACAUGAAGGACAAUCAUAAGCCUGGGGAGAUGCCCUAUGUGUGCCAGGUUUGCAAUUAUAGGUCAUCGGCCUUUGCCGAUGUGGAAGCACAUUUCACAAAGUGCCAUGUGAACACUAAAAAUCUGCUUUGUCCAUUUUGUCUCAAAAUAUUCAAAGCUGGAACACCAUACAUGUGUCAUUAUAGGGGACACUGGGAAAGGAGUGUUCACCAGUGUUCUAAAUGUCGGCUUCAGUUCUUAACUUUCAAGGAGAAAAUGGAACAUAAGACCCAGUGUCAUCAAAUGUUUAAGAAGCCUAAGCAACUAGAAGGAUUGCCUCCCGAGACAAAAGUCAUUAUUCAAGUGUCACUGGGACCUGUUCAGCCUGAGUCAGCAAACAUAGCAUCCAUUACUGUGAGCACAACUGACUGUGAACUAUCUUCCCCCAAGUCUAAAAGUAGAAUUUCAAAAAAGCUGCAUUAAUUCUAGUUUUGACCAACCAAAAGCAAAUACUUCAAUUGAAAUAACUUCUGUAGAAACAAAAACGCAAACAAUACAUCAGUCAGUAGCAUCAAAAACAGUGAAACUAAUGAAUUUUUUUUAAGUUCAUGAUAAUGCAGUAUUUUUCCCCCAGUGCUGGGGAACAUCGUAGGCAAGUCCUCUACCACUGAGUCACGUUCCCAGCUUCUGCAGUGUUGUUUGAUUGAAUUUUGAGGUAUUUAAGAUAUAUUACCUAGUUUUCAUGUUAACUAGCUCAACACAUGAAAAGUGUUUGUGUGUAUGUUUGAAUUAGAGAAAGGAAAACAAAAGUGGAAAUCUAUUUAUUAUUUUGGUAUUUCAUGUUAUUCAUAAGCUUGGAAGUUCUACAUAAUGAAUUUGUACAGCUUUUGAAGUAUUUAAUUUUAUUUUCCACAUAUUACAGAUUUCAUUAUUAACACUAAUCAGACUGGAGUGACUUUGUUAUUUCCUGGCCAGUUUGCUCACGAACUCACAGAAGUGCUUCUUUGCUGGCAUAAAAUCACCUGGUUCUGAAAGCCUAGAUAUGGUAUGAAUGGAUAUCAGAAAGGCACUGGUUAGUCAAGGGAGAGCAGUGGCUCCUUGUCCCAAUGAGAGAUAGGCACACGUUCACGCUAAUAUUGGAGCCAAGGCAGAAGAAACACUGCUCCAUAGUGCCUUUACCUAAGGGAAGAACAUCAAAGAAGCAAAACCAUUCUUGUAAAAUGCCGGAGUUUGUGAAGAUCCUCUGCAGACAUCAGACUGCUGCUAUAGCUUUAGCUUCAUAUGAAGAAGCAACAGUAAUUAACAGAAUGGGAACUGGUGCCAAUGGACUUCCUCUUGAAUGAUCUAAUGAGAAAACGGAUUUACUCCCCUCCCUUUCACUAGCCAUUAGUGGAGAAUGAACAGGCCAUCUCACUCUCAACCGCAGCAGUGACAAAGCUGUGUUACUGUAGAGAAAGAAGCACUGGCAUCUAUAGUCUAAACUAUACUGGACUCACAUUUUAACUGAGAAUGGCCGAACAAAUAGUAUCUCCAGUUCAUGGCCUGUGCUAAAUUUAGUUCUGCUGCUGUUAAUCUGGAAUGGGGGCUUGUCCAAGAACAGUGGUUAAAGUGGACAAAAAUAGCCCAGGGCAGCUGAUUAAAAUUAAACCCAGUAUAGGACCUGUCCUUGUAUUUUUUGGUAAAUGUGUAUCUAAAGGUAAUUGAACACUGUGAAGCUUGAAAUUUUGUGUAUUGCUUUGGAUGUGAGUGUAUAAAUUAAUAGUUUUUUCUUUGUUAUAUGUAUUAUUUCCCAGUUGAUCGCACUAUCACUGUUUGGGUCUUACUUAAAGGGCACCAGUGUGCAAGGAAUGUCCUGUUGUUAACUCUAAGACUUACUAAGUACUAAGGUUUAGAGUUAUCCUUCAUUGGAUAUAUUGUGCUAUUUGAUAUAUCACUAUACUGUAGAGGGACCUUCUUUCCUUGCCCUUCCCAAGCAUCAAAUAUAGUUUCUGAAUAUUGGUUCCUAAACAUCAGCAGCUUCUACUGCUUCUGUGAGUUCCCAGGGUUGUCUUUCUGGGUCUGGUGCCAUCUGUUGUUCCUCCAUCCUCAAGAGAGCACCAUCGCUCUGUUCCAGUCAAGGAAUCUAGCACACUGGUUGUAAACAUCUCUACUUUUCUCAUUCCUUCCCUUAAAGGUACCUUAUCUCAUCAUGAGUGGUGGAGUAUACCUGUCAUCCCAGCCCUUGGGAAUCUGAGGCAGGAGAAUCAUGAGUUCCAGGCUACCCUGGGCUACUUCAAUCUAGUUAAAUUUUCUGUUUUCACAGAGAGCUGGAAAGAGAUAAUCAUCAGACCGUGGCAUCCUCAUUAGAGUUGAGGAAGGAAGGGUUACAGAGAAGUGGUUGUGAGUAGAUUCUGUUGUAUUUGUUUACUUCAUGCUUGACUGAUUCAUUUGCACAUUGGAGAUUUUACUAGGCCUUUUCAGUUAUUUUACUUAGGCCAAGGGACAUUGCUAAAAUUUGAUCCCAAACCCUUUCUUCAGGUGUAGAAAGUGUAUGCAUUUAUCCAGUGUGUUCUGGUGGAAACUUGUACUGUGUGUAACUAAAUCUACAGAGUAUUAUUGUA